AUGCCAGCGACCACCUGCUCUGGCUUUGUCUCGCUGGUCCCGGAUGGAAAUGGCAACUGGAAAAUCUGGCUCCUCAGGACGAUCCUAGACCAGUUUCAAGACCUGCCAAAUGUGGAUGAGUUAGAGCCUGGGCCCGCACCUACUAGGCAGCCUCUUCAUGAGGGAGCAGUGUACGAAUGCGUGGUUAUCGGAUGUGGACAGUCGGGCUUGAGUGUCGCUGGUCGACUGCAGGCACUUGGGGUGUCAUAUCUGGUGGUGGACAAGGCACCUCGCGUGGGCGAUUCUUGGCUUCAGCGAUAUGAAUCAAUGAAAUUACACUCUGUCCGAGAUGCCGCCCAGCUCCCGUUUCACCGCACCUUCAACGAGAAAUAUCCCGAAUUUAUGAACAGGGAGGAUCUGGCCCGUGGAUACCAGGCAUGGGCUGAGCGAUACUGCAUCAAUAUUUCAUUCUCGACGGAGCUCACCUCAGGGACCUGGGAUGACAACCAACGUAAAUGGACUCUUCAUCUGCGCCAGAAACAAGGCGAGCAAAUGACUGCCAGGACCGUUACCUGUUCCCAUGUCGUCAUGGCCAUUGGAGCUGGAGGGCAGGAGCCUGUCCGACCCUUUUAUCCAGGGGAGGACCUAUUCCAAGGCGAUAUCAUACACACCGCACAAUACAAAAGCCCUCGUCCAUGGCAGGGCAAGCAUGGUGUCAUCAUUGGGUCCGCUAAUUCAGCACACGACACGGCAGCAGAUAUGGUCGGUACAAGAAUGGCCUCGAUAACCAUGAUCCAGCGCAGCCGGACAUGCAUCAUCCCAAAAGAAUUCAUGCCCCAACGAGCCCAAGGCACCCUCGCCGCCGACAAACAACAACUCUCCACCCCCCUAGCUGUAAGCCGACUCAUGAGCACCCUCACCCUAGGCGCAAAGAUUGCCCAGAACCCAGAGCGCUUCGACGCUCUCGAACGAGCGGGGUUCAAAGUCGACCGAGGCGCCGAAGUCGUCGCGCACGUUCACGAACGCUACGGAGGACAUUACAUAGAUGUGGGGAAUUGUGCGAACAUUGCCAAGGGAUUGGUGAAAGUCAAGUCCGAUAGUCCUCUCGCCAGGUUCACUCGUACCGGACUUCUCUUCGAAGAUGACACGCAUCUCCCUGCUGACGUGGUGGUCUUUGCUACGGGGUAUAAGGGGAAUGCCAGGGAUACGGUGAAAGAGUUAUUUGGGAAGGAGGUGUAUGAUCGAGUUGAGGAUUAUUGGGGGCUUGAUAAGGAGGGGGAGGUUAGGGGGGCGUUUAAGCCUAGUCCGCAUGGCCAUGUCUGGUUCAUAUCCGGGACUACGACGCAUUCGCGGUACUUUUCUCGGUUCAUUGCGCUGCUGAUCAAGGCGGAUAUCAUGGGGGUGCCGGUGGAGGUGUAUCGGGAUACGCCUGAUACAGAUGAGUAG